GCUGAGCUUUUCUUCCUGCUUCCUCAGAGCAGCUGCACUCCCCUUUAAAUGAGCUGUUUCAGCUCAGGCAGAAGUUUGGACACUGGGGUUAAAAUAACUUGGACUAGAGGAUAGAGAGUAACUAUCUCAUUAGGGUGAAGGUGGAGGUGAAGAGGAGGAGAGGAGGUGGCGGAUGAGUGCAUAGUGGUUGUUGGUGGGAGAUCUUAUUUUCUGAAGAAGGAAUCUGAAUUUCUUCAUAAGCCUAACCAACGCUGAACAGCGCCUCUGUGAGAUUUCUGAGAAACCCGCUGGGAUUCGGGCAGGAGGACGGCCGUGGGAUGGCUCUGCUGACCCUGCAUAGAUCUCCCUCUGUGUGCACACCAACAGAUGAAAGCAUUCCAAGAAGAGGGAGACUUCAGAAGAGAGAAAGCUUUGCGCUGGUUAAAGGGGCGGUGCUUCUGUUAGAGGAAGGAGAUCAUCAUGAAAUCACACCCCCUCUAUGUCCCAGCCCCGACUUUAGGGGCGGAGCCUCAGACACACAGCAUUGUCAUUUACGGGCCAUGAUUUCGUUGCUGCGGCCGGAGGACUCAGUCAAACUGGCCGUGCGGUUAGAGACUAUAAGUCCAGUCCGGUUGAGGUAUUUGCUUAUAGUAGCGACAUCCAGCCGGAGACAGGAGAGUCUACUACUGGGUAUGGAUUUCCCCCACAACAACAGUGAUCAUUGCACUAUUGGCCUGGUCUUGCCAAUAUGGAGCGAUACGCAGGUGUAUUUGGAUGGUGACGGGGGUUUCAGUGUAACAUCUGCUGAAGUCACAAGAAUAUUUAAACCCGUAUCUAUACAGACGAUGUGGUCUGUGCUGCAGGCUCUGCAUGGGUGCUGUGAGCGGGCGGUGCGAGGGAACGUUAUCCCGGGCUGUGGGCUGGACUGGGCUCAGCACUACCGGCAGCACGUGGAGUCGGACCAGCACUGCCUGAACGAGUGGAUGGUGAUGACCGGUCUGGAGUCCGUACGCAAGGCCAGCAAAGGCAGCUCGACCGAGAGAGAGGCGGUGGAGAGAGAGAUUAAAGCUCAGCUCAGGGACAUCAUGAGGACUGAAGACCUGGAGAACAUCACCUCCAAACAGGUCCGAUCUUCGCUGGAGUCCAGGAUAGGCCUGGAUAUGAAGAACUACAAGGAGUACAUAGACAAUGAAAUGAUGGUCACCAUGGCACAGAUGGACAAACCAUCCAAAAUAUUAGACUAUCUUUACCUGGGUUCUGAGUGGAACGCAGCUAACUUCGAGGAGCUUCAGAAAAACAAUGUGGGCUAUAUCCUAAAUGUCACAAUGGAGAUCGACAACUUCUUCCCAGAAUCCUUCACCUACAUGAACAUCAGAGUUUAUGAUAUAGAGGCUACAGAUCUUCUCUCACACUGGAACAACACGUACAUGUUCAUCAAUGAAGCACGGAAGAGCGGGCAGGCGGUAUUGGUUCACUGUAAAAUGGGCGUGUCUCGCUCCGCCUCCACGGUGAUCGCGUUCCUGAUGAAGCAGCAGGGCUGGCUUUUAGACUACGCUCUCAACCACGUCAGAGAGCGCCGGCCCAUCGUCCAGCCCAACGAAGGCUUCCUCAGACAGCUGCAGACUUACAGUGGGAUCCUGAGUGCCAGUAAACAGCGCCACAGUGCCCUCUGGAGGCGGAGGUCUAAAUCAGAAUCCCAGCAGACAGCCGCCAAGAAAAAAGACCGGGAGGCGGAGAGCGAAGGGGAGCAGGGGGACGAUGAAGAGGAAGAGGAGGAGAGCCCUGAGGAGGAAGAGAGCUUUGAGGAGGAAGAAAAAGACGUGUUCGAGGAGCUGCCUAACAAUACACCUGAUGCUGCAAUGGGAGGAACACUCACACCAAACCCCUUAAUUACAAUCCAGGACAGCGACAAGGUGUGUCCGAGUCCAAACAGAAGUGGUAGGAUGGACCUGUUCUCUCUCAUGCAGUCUAUCCAACUGGAUGAUGAAGAGCGCUUGAGUGAUAAAGAGAAUCCUGCAGCCCAGAGGCGAUCGCCAGCACAGCGUAGACGGAGUCACAAACGACGAGCCUUAACCUACCAGAGAGCACACAUAGAUGUUUCUCCAGAACCAAGCAGCCUGAACCGGAACCUGAACCAGGACCAGGACCAGGACCAGGACCAGGACCAGGACCAGAACCAGGACCAGGACCAGGACGAACCCGAAGAACCGGCAGAGCAGCCUGAAGAAACCAACAGCGGCUAACAUGGCAGAUGAAUGGUAGGAGGAGCUUAAGAAAAAAAGACACUGUCUGGGAGAGCGAGAGCGAGUACUGUUUAUGAUGCACACAGUUUUAUCUGUUUCCUGUCAGUUUAAUUUUAUUAUUAAUUAUGGGUUAGUGAUGGUCAAGGUGUGUUUAAGCUUGUUGAGAUCAAGUUCUGAGAGAGUCGGCUGCCUGCACACCUAAUUCCACUGUGUUCACUAAUCCAGCAGUUCACACACACACUUAAUGUGACCACACACACACACACACAUACAUACAUACAUUGCGGUAGAUUUGCUUUAUCUGCAGCACACUUUAUAUCAGGGAUGGGGAACUGUGGUCCAAUCACAAGGUGAUAUAAUUACAUCACAAUAUCCACUUUUUGAGUUUAGUUAGGAUAUUAGGAUAUCAGUACCUACAAAAUAAAAGUGUGUCUUCUCUGAUUUAGUACACGGGUUAAACAAACAUUAUAAAAAGUAUCAAUAUUAGUUUUAAAUUGCAGCACUACCAAUACAUUUUAAUACUUAAUUAAUAAAACAUUUUAAAUGUAUGAAACUGAAGAUUGUUAAAUUUUGUUCAUUUGAUUUAAUUUAAUUAAAUAAUUAACAAUUAAACAGUAAAUACACUUCUGAACAUUGAGAUACACAUUCACUGUUUAUUUGAUUAUUCAACAUGUUCAUAAAUGGCAUGAUUUACCUUGUAUUCCCCCAGUAUAUUAAAUCCAGCAAAUACAUAGGAAUUAAUGUUAAGGAUUAGUUCACUUACUGUCACUCUAGAACACUGGUUUCACCAGUGGUGCCUAGACUUUUUGAUAAGGCAACUACUUUUUUCUAAUAAAUAAUAUUCUAAUUAAUACAGUUAAAUAAUAUAAAAAAACGUGUACCGAAAAAGAAAAAAAAAUGUUCUUAACUUGGAAGUAACUUCCAAGCAUUUGAAUUCGUCUAUUUAAGCAAAAUUAUUUAAAUACUGUACAAAUCAGCUACAGGGUUUAAAUAAUGGAGAAACUAAAAAUAGACAUUUUUCAUUACACAGCAGCAAUAUAUACUAAUACAUUAAAUCAAACAGGAGUAUUAUGUGAUUAUUUACACUUGCUUUAUAAGUAUUGUAUCAAUUUUAAGCUCAGUAAAGUGCAUUGUGAUGCGAUUACAUUUUAAUGAUAUCAUGGUGAUUAAUUGCAUAACCCACCCCAGCUUGGAAACAUCUUAUUUAUGUCUCACACACGCAUACAUGCGAUCACACUUCCUGAGCCAUACACACCUCACACCUCCUCACUGAUUUUAAUGCAGUAUUAGAGAACAUUUACUGAUCUGAGUUCCCAGGCCCUGUAUUAUUAUUAUUAUUAUUAUUAUUAUUAUUAUUAUUAUUAUUAUUAUUAUUAUUAUUUGUUUUUUGUUCUCCAAGCUAAUUCUUAAAAUUCAUGUACUGUCUUUUUAAUUCUAUGCAAUAAGUCUACUACAUUCUCCUUUUUCCCUCCUCCUCUGGAACUGUGAAGCGCUAUGCUGCCACUGUUGGCAUGAUAACUACAUGAUUAUCUUUUUUUCUUUGAUGUAAAGACAGUCUCUUAAAUCAUCUUUUUUCUUUAUUUUCUUUUUCUUUCUUUUUAAAUCACGCUUUACAUCGCGAUCAUUAGCACUAAUGCAUCGGCUGAGCUACAGAAUGUUUCUCUGCUUGAACCUGAGAACUGUAAACUUAUUGAGAGUGUUAAUGAAAGACUUUUGGGAGAUGAGCCUUUGAUGACGAGUCUGUGUGACUGUACAUCUUGCCUGUAUAUGAACGCUGUCAACAGAAAGCUAAAGUCAGAGCUAGCUCAUUCUGUUGUUGGCAUCAUGCUAAUAUUGGGAGCUUUGGAGGAACUCAAUCUCUAAAAACAAAUGUGUAAUGUAUAUAUAUUUAUCAUUGAAUCUUCUGUAUUAUGAGGUCAUAUUCUGUAUUAUGAGUAAUUUGCUAUGAUGCAUGCUAAGCUAACACUGCUGUGAACUGAAGCGAUAAGACUAACUUCACUAAAACGCAAUCCAACACACUUUGUCUAAUUAGGUAAUUUUAGUGUGUCUGAGAGCAGUAGAUUACAGAUUACAGUCACUAGUGUUGUUUUAUAAAAUUUCAUUAAGACUAUGGUGCACUAUCAGUUCAGUACAAAGGUGUGUUGGCUUAGCAUUUAUCAUCCAUGAGGCAUUAUCAUUUUUGACCUAUGAAAGAGCUUCAUAAUUUUGAGGAUCAAAAGACAUGUGCAUACAUGAUUAAAUUAUGGCUAGACAUUUUUAACAAAUUUGACAUUUGAGAUUAAACGUAUGGGGGUUGAAAUUUGUGUUUUUACCACAGAAAACCUUGUUUAUUUUAAUAGAAAUCUAGCUCUGAUCCAGAGUUCCUAAUAUCAAAUUGAUGCCUACUAUAGAGUGACUCAUGAUUUUAGUGCUCUGUGCUGUAUAUUUCUUUCCAAUUGUGCCAUACUUUGAAAUAAUGUGACCUACCGGACGAAUCAGUUCUGCCUUGCAUCUCACAAUCCUACUGUCUCAGUGCCUUUGGUUUGGGAGGGUGGACCAAUAUGAAAUGUUGAAAUGUUUUAAUAUGUUUUAUAAAUAUAUAAACAGUAUAAUGAUGUCUUGACCAGUUGCAGAUGUAUAGUACCAGCUGGGGGUUUAGAUGCACCUGUAUAGAGAAUGAAUUUCCUUUAUGUUUGCUAGUUUUCAGACAUUCAGUGCUGUUUAUUUACAUUGGGAUCAUCUUUAAUCUUGGACUACCAACUAUACUUAAUAAAUAUUCCCCGCUGGAAAUGUAUAAAUUAAUAGUCUAGGACUAGGCUUAUGCUGUGUUCCAUUUGAACUCGGAUGUCUGAAUUUUCAACUUCCAAUUAAAAUGCUCACCAGCCCUGACUUCUGAAUCCAAGAUGGUUUCACCAAACAUCAACAGUAAUUAAGUAGUAUUAGUAGUAUUAUGCAGUUUAUUAUCACUUCUAGACGGUGCUAGAUAACCGAUAACUUGACACAAAAAGUGGAACAUAUUUGGUUUAUUUGCCAUAAAACACUGGUUAAUCAUUGGCAAACUUAAUUUAAUAAACUCAAAAGGCUUUAAAUAGAACUAUCUCUGGUAUGACAUCAUUCCCAGUACCAAAAUCCAAUCUCCAAGUUCUAGAUGGUUUUCCCCACUGUCUUUAUUUUUAAACCCAAGUUUGUAGACCAGCCUCUCUAGAGUUCUAGGUUAGGAACCCUGGAUUAUUGGAACAUUGCUGUGAGAAGAAUUUGAUUGUACUCAAAAAAUGCCCAAAAAAUAGAACUAUAGCUGUUUAUGAUUUUUCUUUUUUUUAAUAGUCUAAAAUUAUCAAAAAUGUUUAAAUGUAAUGCUGGAAACUUGAGUGUGAUGUCAUUCCCAAUACAGACACUCAACGAUAAAUGGAAUUAUCUAUUUAUCUCAAUUUGGAAAAUGUAUAGAUCAAAUUUCUUAUUUACGUACUAGUCCUGGCCUGUUUUUUCUUUCCUACAGAAAAUCUUCCAUGAGAAAAGUGCAGGACUCUGCUUAACUCCUUGUCCAGUAAUCUGACCCUGUGUGUCCAGUAGUUUGACGACACCUGAUCCUACAGUGUUCUAGUAUUUCUUCUGGAAUAAAAUUAUGGUAUUAAUAGAGAAUUUGCUGCAGUAACAGUCCCUACUGUUCUGUGAAGCCUUUAAACUUGACGUGACUUUUGUAAGGGGGGAUUUGAUUGUACUGGAAACAAAAAUUAAUAAAUCAAGCGCAUCAGUGAGGGCUGAUGUUUUUUCUGCCAACUUCAUUUCAACAUCACUUCAGAGACCCCCAUAGCUCAAUUUUGAGGAGUUUAUAUUCCUUUAGCCAAUGAUUGGCAUUGAGUAUGGCGACAUAAUGAUCUUAUGGUAAGCCCCUGUAGAAUUCACUCAUUAGAGGGGUGUGGAUAUAGCUUGUGCCUUUAAAUCAGAAUGUCUUCAUCCAAGUAUCGGGUGUGCCCAACCCUCAGCUGGUACUGUAUGUUCUGGUUGAGUGUGUUGUUUGGUCCCUGAGUAUUGGACAGUGUGCAUGCUUUAUGUGCUGUCGGCCUGCCUUUAUGACCAAGCAUGUACCUUGGGUAUUUGUGUGUGAGAAUGUAUUUGAUUGUUAAUGUAUUUUUGGCAAUACAGUGUUCCUUUUUUGUUAUAUAAAACAUGCUGGUCUUGAUGGUGUUUGUGCCACUUAAGUAGAACCAGCUUCCAGAUAAAAAUCAGCCCAAGUUAACCCAUAGACCCAUAGAGUGUCUAAUGUGACACCACGAGGUGUUUCCUAUAAGCGAGAUCAAACAAAGCAGCUUGUUAAAGCGAAACACUUAACUUUACUUCUAUAUAUUUACCAGAAAAGUAUAAUUAAGGCCCUCCAUCUUUCUAGGUAAUUGAUUUGGAAUAAAAAAUAGUGUAGAGCCUGCUUGGCAUUUCACCACUAUUGGCAAAAAUGAGUUGUUUCACUGUAGCAAAGAUCUAGAUUGUGGUAAAGAAACAUUUUAAUCAUUCAGAUGGUUCUUUGAGUGGAUAUUGCUCUAUGUAAAAAGUUUAAGUCAAUGGUUUUAUAUUCUACAUUAAGUUAAAGAUUGUUGAAAAACGCAUGAGGUACCACCACAAAUCCAACUAAAUAAGUCUAGAUAACUGGCUCAGUAAAUGGCACUGUAAAUGGAAAGCAGGUUUCAAGGGUUCUAAAUAAUACUGAAAAUAACUUUUUUGACUCAUAAUCAUGACUCAUUUUAGGUAAAAAGAAAUCUAUAUAGCUGAAAACAACCAGUUAGCCAAGCAAAGAACAAGGUGUAUUUUUUUAUUCUUGCCUUUCCAGGUGUUGUGCUGAAUCCUACCUCCUUUCCAGUGCAGGUCUGUCCUGUAGCAGACUAAGCGUAACAACAGAUUCCCCGCAGCUUCUUUUUAUUUCUGUUUAAACAUAAGGAUUAAUCUACAGUUACAGUAGAUACAGUAAUCACCAGCAUACUCUGCUGUAUCCAUACUGCGCACUGACGAGCCUGUACACCAAAUAAGAGUCUGAUUUUGGCACAGCACCACUUCUUUUUCUUUGUCUAUUGUUUAAUAGGUGAUUUUAAUAGCCUUCCUCAACUUACUGUAAUUGGACUGAAAGUGUACACUAUCCAAAGUUCUAGCGCUGUACUUUUUCUCAGACCUGUCUGGUUAAUAUAUAUAUAUAUAGAACCUGAAGGAACAGAAGCCUGGGCCUGUUAAAGGUGAAUUUAUACAGUAUGUUGGAGCUAAAGAUGUCUUGUCUUAUGUUUAGCCUUCCCACAGGUGCAAUUCCAGAUGUAAAUAAUGAUGCAGAUGUUGUGCCAUAUGUAAUAAUCGACUUUAAUGAAAGUCCUCAUAUCCUGAUGCUGUUUUUCUGAGCGGUAUUGGUAUCGGACACAGGGAGUACUCCUUUUAAAGAUCAAGUAAUGGUUGCUGUUGCUUUUUUUCUAUUUAUCUUCUUGAUCUGAAGCUGUAUUAUUGUCUUUUUUCAGUUUUAUCUGUUUGAAUCUUUGCUGUACAAACUAAUAAUAAAUAUAUAUGGAUUUAUUGAAACAAUAA